UACGGUGUCGCUCUGAUCCCUAAAUUUCUAGGUUUUACCAUUUUCUGUUUCCAAUUUCAAUCGCGAUCCGUGCUUUUUCGAUGUCGUCGAUUUCGAUGCUGUGAUAAAGAGUUACGCCGUCGUCUCUCAGUGUUUUCGGGUGUGUUAAAAAAUGUCGCCUCCUCUCCGAGAAAAAACCCUAGCCGCGAUCUAUAAUCUAAACAGAAACCGCCGGAGGCGUUCUGACAAGAAGAUUUGUCGGAAGGAGCUGAAUGAUUCUGCUAUGGCUGCUGGUCCGGUUGUUAUCAAGCACGAAGCUGAAGAUACUCCUGGAGAAGAAAAAGAAGAAGAAGGUAACACCUCUGGAAACAACGCCUUGGUUGAAGUCAAGUUAGAGAAGGAAGAAGAACUUGGGCUUCUCGUAACCUGUGGAAUCCACAAACGAAAACGACUCUCUCGUGGAGGAAGAUCUCGAAGAUAUUCAGACUCCAGCUUCGAGGAGAAGCCGCUUAUUAUCCUUCCCAAAAACAAGCAGCCGAGAGUAUUAACCACUCGAUGGAACAAUGAAAGGAUUAAGUUUGCCGAGGAAACAUUAGCGGAUGUUUUGAAGGAGAAAGGUGCUACUUUGGAAACACCUGUUACGCGACAACUGUUAAGAGUCAUUGCUCGAAGCAAGAUAGGUGAUACUGGGCUCUUGGAUCAUUGCUUGAAGCACAUGGAUGGCAAAGUAACACCAGGUGGUGCUGAUCGGUUUAGGAGGUGUUACAAUACUGAUGGAUGCAUGCAGUAUUGGCUAGAGAGUGCUGACCUUGUCAAAAUUAAACUUGAAUCUGGAAUUCCUGAUCCUAAUUGGGUUCCCCCAUCUUGGUGGAAGGUUCAGACUGCAUCACAUGAUCCAUCUGCGGUUUCGUCGAAGCUUCUUAUGGGAGAGAUUGAGCAAAUGAAGAGUGAUAUCAAAGAACUCGCAUUAAAGCAAAAGUUACCAGAUCAUGCUGAUGCAAAUGAGAAACUAUGCAAGGAUCUUAUGAGUUGGAGGGUAAACACUGAUAAGCAAAUCGUGGAGAUCACGAAAUCGUUGACUUCAACUCAGGUCAUGUUCAAGGAUUUGAUUUCGUGGAAAGAUAAAGUAGAUCAGCAGCUGGGGGUUAUAACAAACACGCUGAGCAAUCUGCAGCCGAAUGGUAGCACGUCAUUUAGUCCAGCUCCUGAAAAUUGGGAAAAUUUAUUGAGGAAUGCCAAUAUGGAUGAUUUUACGGAGUGGGAUGACCUUAUUGAUGGUCUACCAGAGGCUGUCAGGCCGGAAACCUACGCCCUUCCAACAAAUCCUUGCAAAAGCUCUUUCCAAGACCAUACCUUGGUUGAGGAACAGUCGUUGGUCAACAUCGAUAUGCAAAUGACAGACAGCUGCAUGACUAGAGGCGAAUCCAGAAGCUCCAGUCAGGACAAAGCUGAAAUGACUCCAGGUUCUUCGAUUACUGCAGGUCCAAAAUCAGAUAUUGAUGACCCAACUAUCCAGACUCAGGAAACCUUGAAGGAGUUGGUGACUUGGAAAGCCAAAGCGGAGCAGCAGCUAACGGAAUUGACAAACGCUGUCCUUGCUCUUAAGGGACAGAAUCAACCCAACUGGCGUUACCCGUGAAGACUAGGCACAGAUUGAUCAAUGAUUUCGCUUUAACUAGUCGAUUCCACCUGCAUAGAAUCCCUUAGAGACAUGUACAGGGUUUCUGAUAAAACUAAACAAAAAAA